AGUCUGUGUCCACAUCGACUUGUAACCGAUAGCAGAGGCACAGUUCUUCGGUAUCCCACUCAAGUCCAGAAGGCAGUCUCUUUUCGGUCCUUCAGUGAGUCACAGCAAGUUUUGCGGACGCGUUAAAGGACAAACCCGGGUGCCUCUCCGUGUGUGAGCACCACCAAAUGUACUUCUUUUUUGUUUUGGCCUCGCUGAUGGCUGCCAGUGGACCGGCGCUGGCAUACCUAUCAGCGGGCUUGAAGGAUCAGCUACUGUCGGACGUGUUGCUGCGUGAGAUAGUGGAUCGCAUGGGCAAGGACAUCGCCGAGGCGGCCGAUUCCUACAUCGACCCGAUGGACGAGUUUCCUGGACGGCUGGCGAUGAUGGCCCGGGCCAGCAAGGACCUGGAAUCGGAACAACUGGACUACGAUGCGCUGCUGGAUGGUAACCCGAAUCCGUCACCGCGGGAUCAGGAAUACCUCCAGCAUAGUUCGCUCUGGGGACAUCAGUAUGUGUCCGGUGGAGCUGGAGAAGGUCCUCAUCAUCCGAAACCGCAGGUGAAGACCGAUGCCAGCCUACCGGCUUACUGCAAUCCGCCCAACCCAUGCCCGGUGGGAUACUCGGAAGACCAAGGAUGCACGAUGGAUUUUGAAAAUACGGCCGCCUUCAGUCGGGAAUACCAAGCUGCGCAGGAUUGUAUGUGCGAUGGUGAACACAUGUUCAAUUGCCCCACUCAGCAGCAGAGCGAUGCGGGAUCGCAGAUGGAUUCGGAUCUGGAAAGCUUCAUUGCGCGGCAAUUCCACACCCAGGAGCAUAAGAGUUUGGUUGCGAAGAAGUUCCACGUAAAGAAGAGCUCUAAUCCGUUCCUGGAGGGCGAGAAGCUUCCCAUCGCCGCCAAGAAGGGUUUCAACGUGAAGCACUAAGCCCAUGAAUUCGCAGUCCCAGCAGCUGAGGGUAGCAUAGGGAUCCAAAGUCGACAGCAUGAUCCUAAUCAUAUCGCUACCAACGUCCGGCAGGCACACUGAAAAACGAUCAAACCGAUGACGAACAACUGGCACACUCUAAUCAACGGACUACGGCACAAGUACAUCUAGGCAAGCAUCUAACGAAUUCAACCAAAUUUCAAUACUAUUAUGCAAAUAGCUGUAAAUUCACCAAGAUGGAAACAUGAGCGCUGCUACUGGCAGUUGAUCGCGAGCAGUAGCAAUUCGAGAGAUGAUUAAGAAAAAAAAACCUUAAUCUAUAUUGUCUCAGCACACAAAUUCAGUCUGAAUAACUUCAAAUUUCCACUCAAACUCUCUAUACCUCUGACUUCCUCCGAGAUUUUAUGCACACGCAAAAGAAGCGUACUUGAGCAGUGCAGAAGCUUUUUCUCAGACUGCAUUACCAAAAACCAAAUCAACAAUUAUGGAUCAUUAACUAGGUGUUAGGUAACCGAGGUAGCGUUCAGAAGGUGGUAUUUUUUACAAUUUUUCGUGAUAUGUUUACCCAAUAUAUAUAAAAAGAUAGUUACUCCACGUCAUAGCUACAGAUUCAGAUGAUAGAGAUAAUUGUGUAUCAUUAGUGACUCUAAUAUAACCUUAUGAAAACUGGACGAUCAGCCAUACAAAAGUGGAACUGAAUCACCAUGCUUUUUGUUGAAAAAGAGACAUAAGGUCGGCGCAGAAGUCGAACAAAGCCAGUGUGUGUAUUUAAGGAUGCCUUACGACCCGUAACUUAUUUACGGUGAAGGCAGUGCUCGGAUCGGAACAGGUGAGGCCCCUAUAGUCUGAUGUCAGAGGAAAGUGUAUGAAUUUUAAGUUGAAGGAAAAGGUGUAAUUUAUGUUGAAUAUAGACAAAAAUCGAAGUGUUGAUUGUAGAGGAAGAAUCUCGAUUGAGGUAUAGGGGCCCCAUGCUAGCGAUUCAAGUAGUAUGCGUGUCGAAAGCUUCACGUAUAGAUGGCAACAUCGUGAAAAGAUGGUAAAACGAAACUUGCAAAGAAGCUCUCUUUUCGAUAUGAACUGCAAAGACAUAUCAUGGAUAAAAGCUUCGCUUAAGAUACAACAAACUGAUGUGAGUUACCAGCGUAACGCAUAUUGAAUGUUCGACGCUUUUUGGAAGCUGCUAAAAGGUCUCAGCGUUCGAUAUCGAGACGAUCGCACAUGCUUGGAACUAUUGUAUGAUUAUAUAGAUUCCACAGUGCAAAUUGACUAUUGAUGUUUUCGAUCUUCAAUUAACGAAACAGGUAAAAAUGUCGAGCUGUAAAAAGCUUUAAAACGUUUUCAAUACAAAACUAUAAAUAUAUACAAAAUGAGGCAUUUAUUUUAUCAGAUAUAUUUGAAUCUAUAUGUAAUGUUUAUGAAUAAUAAGCAACGUUGUUUUUAAAACAUAAUCAGUAUGGAGCAUACAACUGCUUCAUUUGUACACAGAAAACAUUCAAAACACGUAAUUCGUUGAAAUAACAUUCCAAAAACGAAAACCAACAGAGAAUAACGACCACAACCAAAAGUCAGCCAAACCAGACUAGAAAUUUGACUAUAACUUCUUCGCGCGAGUGUGUACGUUUGGGAAGGAAACUCGUCUUUGGUUCGUAUUCAAAUGGCAACACCAUCUUGUAGUUUGGGUCCUCUUAGAUGGACCCCGAAUCGGACCCAAGACUAGUCGAAAACGUACGGAUUAUCAAAUACUGUUGAAGAACAUCAUCAACAAAUUGACUAAAUAAAAAAAGUGUUUCGGAUAAUAAAACAUAAUAAUGAUAAAAUCAUAGAAACCGAACGACAAUAUAAAAUGUGCAGCCCUAAUCAAGCAUCAAAUGAACAUCUUUGCAAACUGAAUACCUAAAAACAAUCAAUCUCAUUGCUGCAAAACAAAAAAUGUUAAAGCUUAACCAAGUCUCCUUACUCACAAAAAAAUGCUUAUGAAAAUUUCAAAGUGCAUCAAAGUUAGAACUUAAACCAUACCUUAUGAGAGCAGCAACCACAUCAGUGUUAUAAAGCAUCCUAUCCCCCUUAGCUUAGUAUCCGUAAUGACAAUUGAUUAAGAAAAUUUUCCAAUCCAGUCCUUGGUUGCCCCCCAAAAAUGGAAAUUGGUUAACGAAUGGGUUGGUUACCAAAUGGAGAAAAAGGCAUGUAAUAAUUGUUGAAUAGAGCCAAAACCAUAUGUAUUAUGCAACUCACAAGUAUUCUUAUUGGCAACAUUAUUGCAAACAAUCCCGCACAUUUGAACAAUGUGCUUAGUAGCGACGGUAAACCAUUUAAUGGAACGUAUGUAAUGAGAUUAAAAAAAACAUAUAUACUAUAUAUUUACUGAAAGUCCCCCUUUGUCAUAACGCAGAGUUUUAACUAUCAAACAAGUAAAUCAAAUAAAAGAGGUGAACCAUCUCGAAUCAAGUAUAUUAUAUUCCACCUAAAUCUAUGCGAAAUAAAACAAAAUGAAUGUAGUAUUUCUGCAAACAA